UAAAGGUGGGCAUAUGAUAUUGGAGCCUCAAAUUUGGGUGAGCACCACAAAUCUCUCGAUUUUCUCAAGUUUUCGGUUUAGUCCAAACACAGUAAACCCCCACAGUCAUAUCCAAAGAUCUCCAUUUCCAACGACUAAAACCUUCUCGAUUCACACUUCACUGUACAACUACCGCAAAACACCAAAGAAAUGAGAUUGGAUCUCCAAGAAUUCUCGGCGUUGAAUGCAAUUCCAAUAAUCAAGGAAAACUGAAUCCCAUCUUCCUGUAUUGGGAGAAAUCAAAAACAAUUCGGCUUUUUUUUCCCUGUUAGUGGAUGGAAUCCCCACUGUAGUUGAUGUUGUAGAAGAUCCUAGCGGGAAGGAUUUUGCUAGAGUAGUUACUGAAGCAGAGGCAAUAACGAGUAAUCUUUCAGAUACAGAGCCAUUUGUUGGUAUGGAGUUUGAAUCUGAGGAGUCUGUCAAGGUUUUCUACGAUGCUUAUGCUUCACGCCUUGGUUUUAUUAUGCGCGUUGAUGCAUUUCGUAGAUCGAUGCGUGAUGGUGCGGUUGUUUGGCGGCGACUUGUUUGUAAUAAAGAAGGGUUUCGCAAGUUUAAGCCGAAAAGAAGUGAAAAUAGGAAGCCUCGAGCUGUAACGAGAGAAGGGUGUAAGGCAAUGGUUGUUGUAAAGAAAGAAAAAACUGGAAAAUGGGUUGUUACGAAAUUUGUCAAGGAUCAUAAUCAUCCAUUGAUUGUUACUCCGGCCAGUGCUCGUCGAAAUGUUCUUCUUUCCCACACACGGGAUGAGAAAGAUGCAAAAAUUCGAGAACUAACUGCCGAAUUACAGCAAGAACGAAAGCGGUGUGCAGCAUAUCAAGAACAGCUUGCCAUGAUUUUAAGAGACAUGGAGGAACACUCAAAUCAUCUAGCAAGAAACAUAGAUAACAUUAUUCAAAGUGUGAGAGAUAUUGAAUCAAAAAACAAUGCAUUUUCAAAUAGCUAACAACAGAAUCCUAAAGAAAAUAUAUUUUUAUAUAUCUGUUUAUAGUUUAUAGUUCAGAGUACAGACUUACGUUACAUUUGUUCA